AUGGGAGUGGCCGGUCACAAUGAUCCUUUGUUAGGUGAAACCACAUGUGGGUCUUUGCUGCAGCAACUACAGCUGAUAUGGGAUGAGGUUGGUGAGAGCGAUGAUGAUCGCGACAAGAUGUUACUUCAGCUAGAGCAGGAAUGCUUAGAUGUUUACAGGAGAAAGGUUGAUCAGGCUUCUAGUUCCAGGGCUCGUCUUCUUCAACAACUUGCCAACUCCAAAUCCGAGCUUAAUAGACUGCUUUCUUCACUGGGAGAACUGUCUAUUUCUGGCGUUAUAGUUCCUGACAAGACAACUGGUACAAUCAAGGAGCAACUAGCAGCGACAUCACCAUUCUUGGAACAGCUCUGCAGGAAAAAAGAGAAGAGGGUGAAAGAGUUUGCUGAUGUUCAACUCCAAAUUCAAACAAUACGUGGUGAAAUUGCGGGUACUCUACAAGUUGGUGACCACUUGGAAAUGCCCCAUGUCAACGAGGAUGAUCUUUCAAUGAAGAAACUAAAUGAAUUUCUUUUUGAACUACAAGCACUUCAAAAGGAAAAGAGUGAUAGAUUGCACAAGAUUCUUGACUUUGUGAGCUCUGUGCACGAUCUUUGUUCUGUCCUUGGGAUGGAUUUCUUGGCUACUGUUACUGAAGUUCAUCCUAGCCUCAAUGACUCUGUGGGUGCUCACUCCAAGAGUGUUAGUGAUGAAACAAUAUCCAGGCUGUCUAAGAUGGUGACCGAACUUAAAGAAGAGAAAGUUAAGAGGAUUGGAAAGAUUCAAGCUCUAGCCUCCCAGCUAACUGACCUUUGGAACUUAAUGGAUGCCACUGUUGAGGAACGACAACUUUUUGAUCAUGUCACAUGCAAUAUGUCCUCAACAUUGGAUAGAGUGACAGUUCCUGGAGCUUUGGCUCUUGAUGUACUUGAUCAGGCUGAACAUGAAGUUGAAAGGCUGGAUCAGCUAAAAGCUAGUAGGAUGAAGGAUAUUGCAUUCAAAAGGCAGACUGAACUUGAAGAUAUAUAUGCCCAGGCUCAUAUUGCAAUAGAUACUAGUGCUGCAAGAGAUAGAAUACUGUCUGUUAUUGAUUCUAGUAUGUUCGAGCCAUCAGAGCUACUGGCCGAUAUGGAGAACCAGAUACUUAAAGCAAAAGAGGAGGCCUCAAGCAGAAAGGACAUAUUGGAGAAGGUUGACAGGUGGAUGCUAGCAUGCGAAGAAGAGAGCUGGCUUGAAGACUAUAGCCAGGAUGAUAACAGAUACAGUGCAACUAGAGGCGCACAUCUGAACCUCAAGCGUGCAGAAAAAGCUCGUGUUUUGGUUAAUAAAAUCCCAGCCAUUGUUGACAUGCUGGUGGCGAAGACCCAGGCUUGGGAACAAGAACACAACACAGCAUUCACCUACGACGGUGUCGCACUUCUUGUGAUGCUGGACGAAUACAGAAUCCUGAGACAGGAGAAGGAGGAAGAGAAGCGAAGAAUGAGGGACCAGAAGAAGAUAAACGACCAGCUAGCCGCCGAGCAGGAGAAGCUGUUCGGGUCAAAGCCGAGCCCUGCCCGGCCCCAGUCUGCGAAGAAGUUGCCUGGCCCUCGGGCCAACGGCGGCGCUGUGAACGGCACGCCGAACCGGAGGCUCUCGGUGCAGCAGCAGAACGGCGUGCGGUCGGCGAGCCGGGACGGCCGCAGGGAGAGCGUCAGGCCAUCGGCGCCGGUGAACUACGUGGCCAUCGCCAAGGACGACGCGGCUUCGCAAGCGUCUUCGAACUGA